AUGUCUGCCAAGAAAACCCCCGUCCUUACCAGUGCGGCUCCCAAGCCUCUCCCGGGCAUCUACAGCCAGGCCAUCAAGGCCGGUGGCUUUGUCUACUGCUCCGGCGCCGUUGCCAUGGAUGCUGAGACCGGCAAGAUCGUUGAGGGUGGCAUCAAGGAGCACACUCACCAAUGCAUCAAGAACCUGACUGCCGUCUUGGAGGCUGCUGGCACCACCAUUGACAACGUCGUCAAGGUCAAUGUCUUCCUCUCCAACAUGGACGACUUUGCUGCCAUGAACGAGGUCUACACCACCUACUGGGGCGAUAUUAAGCCCUGCCGGACAUGCGUCGCCGUUAAGACUCUGCCCCUAAACACUGACGUUGAGAUUGAAUGCGUUGCGGUGCAGUAG